AUGGUCCUGACACGCUCCGUGACGCCGCUGCCCCGGAUGGGCCUGGAGAAGCGCGGCGGCCGCCUGCUGCUCAGCUCCCACGUCGAGCAGAUCACCCUCGACACCAGCGGCCGCGCCGACGGCGUCCUGCUGCGCGGCGGCGGCCGCGUGCGCGCGUCCAAGGCGGUCGUGACCAACGCGUCUGUCUGGGACUCGCUCAAGCUCCUGGACGCGGGGGCUGUGCCGCAGGGGCUGGUGAAGCAGAUGGAGGGGGCCGCGGCCGCGACACCGCCGUGCAGGUCAUUCAUGCACCUGCACGUCGGGUUUGACGCCACAGGCCUGGAGGGGCUGGAGCUGCACCACAUCAUCGUUGACUCAUGGGAGAGGGGCAUCGAUGCGGAGCAAAACGUGGUCCUGGUGUCCAUCGCGUCCGUGGCAGACCCCUCGCUCGCGCCCCCCGGCAAGCACUGCCUGCACGCGUACCUGCCCGCCACGGAACCCUACUCCCUCUGGGAGGGCCUCGAUAGGAAGAGCCCCGAGUACAAGGCUCUGAAGGAGGAGCGCUCGCAAGUGCUGUGGCGGGCGGUGGAGAGAAUCAUCCCGGACAUCAGGCAGAGGGCAGAGGUCACCAUGGUGGGCACCCCCCUCACGCACCAGCGGUUUUUGCGGCGCCACAGAGGCUCGUACGGCCCCGCCAUCAAAGCAGGGGAGGGACUGUUCCCAGGCCCAACCACGCCCAUCCCUGGGCUGUAUGCCUGCGGGGACUCCACCUUCCCCGGCAUCGGCCUGCCCGCCGUUGCCGCGUCGGGCGCGCUGUGCGCCAACACUCUGGCGCCGCUCGGAAGCCACCUGCAGUUGCUGGGCUCGCUGGGGCUGUAA